CCCAUCACCACCAUCAGUCAGACUUGCUAGCUAGCUUAGCGGCUAGCGGGACAAGUACACAACAACACAGAGCUCCUCGUUCACUUUCCUGGAAACGUUUCUGUGUUGAAUUCAUCAAAGUUGCCAGUCGCCCAAGUGUCUGAGUCGAAGGUCGGGACGAAGAUGCAGUUCAUGCUGUUGUUCAGCCGGCAGGGAAAGCUGCGGUUGCAGAAGUGGUAUGUGCCUCUGUCUGACAAGGAGAGGAAGAAGAUCUCCAGAGAUCUGGUGCAGACCAUACUGGCCAGGAAGCCCAAGAUGUGCAGCUUUCUGGAGUGGAGAGACCUUAAGAUUGUCUACAAGAGAUAUGCCAGCCUGUAUUUCUGCUGUGCCGUAGAGGAUCAGGAUAAUGAGCUGAUCACCCUCGAGAUCAUCCACAGAUAUGUGGAGCUGCUGGACAAAUACUUUGGCAGUGUGUGUGAACUGGAUAUUAUCUUCAACUUCGAGAAGGCCUACUUUAUCCUGGACGAGUUCCUGCUGGGAGGAGAAGCCCAGGAAACGUCCAAGAAGAACGUGCUGAAGGCCAUCGAGCAGGCUGACCUGCUGCAGGAAGAGGCCGAGGCUCCACGGAGUGUUCUAGAAGAGAUCGGGCUGACAUAAAUCUGCCCCGGCCCCAUCACACCCCGCGUCGCCCAUUUUCCCCAGACGUAAAUCUCACCCCCUCCAUGUCUUUGUCCCAUCCUCUCCUUUUCCCGUCGUAGUGUUUGUAUGUGUGUAAUCAAAAUCUAUGUACUGUACUAUUCUGUAACGUCAUUCAAUGUUGUGCCAAUUGUGGUGUUAGUGUCUCUCCUACGUACCAGAUUGCUGUGUUCUGCAGUACCAUUACUACACUCCCACCAACUCUGGAAACUCCACGGAGUACAAUGUAGCGAGGACAUCAACAUGAAAACUGCAGUAUCAUGUUUAGGAUCACCCAUCGUCAUGCUCACUGACUGCAGAGCCGUGUGCGGUUUAGUUUACAAGACAGACACACAACGAAAGUCUUAUCUGGAGUAUUUCUGAUUUCACGAGUCCAUAAAUGUGCUGUCAUGCGAAUCACUGACAUCAGUGUAACCAGUUUAUAGAUGGACACGUCUGACAUGCCAAACAAAUUCAGUUACUCAUGCAGUUUUAUUUUUCUACAUGUUCAUUUAUCCACAAAUCGAUCAAGAGUUUUGUAUUUCCUUUUGAAGUCAAAUUCUUUGCCUUUGCUAAACAUGAGUUGUUUCUAGAUGACCACACUGUCAAUGUUGUUAAAAUGUCAUUUAGUAGGGUUUUUUUUUUUUUCUGUGCACACUUUUUCAACACUUUGGUUGAACAUUUAAUUCAAUUUGUACGGCCUUUGGAGAUAAAUUUAAGUCUUAGGUCAGGAUUAUUAUAUGACAAAUAAGGUGAACCUAAUAAAAGAAACACUAUUUUAUUAUUAUAGUUUAGGCUAAUUCUUAAAACUAACAUAUGACCAAAGAACACUGUGUUUACCUUAUCAAUGGUGUCUAUGGAGGACUCACUUGGCAAAAAGGGAUUAAGAGCUACUAAUCUCAACUGAUUUCUCUUGGAGCUAAUAUGUAUCACAGGAUGGUAACCCCCCCUCCAAAAAAAAGGAAUUUUUCUUUUGCCACGAUAGUUUGGUAAAUAUUUCAGACUCCAUUCCAAAAUGUCUUUGGGGAUGGGAACACAAGUUCUAUAGAUUAACAGGAAGGACUGCACAUAUCAGAGUACAUCAAGGAUAAUAAAUACUCAUAAUUGCCAGCUUGUUCAUGCAUUGGAUGCAGCAGACUCACACCAACAAGCUUUGAUUAGACGCUCAUCCCAAGUUGUCUAGUUAAGUGACAGAUGCUGGCAGUGAUAUUUUCAUUUGAAAAGGUUCCACAAAGCCAAAAAA